AUGAACGUUGCAAUUGAAUCGUAUGGUGGGGUAAAGGGCUGUUAUGCCACUGUAGCAGAAAUCCAAGAUUCUAUUCAAAGUAUGACGAAACAUAGCAUGACUGGAAUUCAAGCACUGAACAAUUUCUUGUUCGAGUCAGCUGGACUGAGAGCUUGGAAGGCAUGCAAUGUGGGCACCGGCAGGUAUUUUUCGCUGGCACAGCUUCAGAAGUAUGGUACUCCACGAGGUCCCACAGGUAUCAAAGAACUUCAGCCAUUUAGCCAACCGCUACAAGAUGUCGGCACGUUUCGUGCAGGAGCAACGCAGGCCCAAGUUGUCGGACCAUCAGCGCCAACGGAGGUGCAAAUAAUUCAGUCAGACGAAGUAGAGUCAGCAACGCGAUCGGUCGCCUUCUAUUCCUGCCCUGAACAAGGAUUUGGCAAAGUCUACGAGAAAUUUAAAGGUCUAGAGAAACAUCUUGAUGUUGGACGUCACCUAAUCAAGUUAGAAAGAGAAUCGGACUAUGACAGCAUUAUAGCAAAGUGGGCAGAGACCUGUAAAACGGUUACAGGAGACUAUGUGCAAGGUGGAGUUGGUGGUGUACCGUCAGUGACAGAAUCCCCAUCAGUAUCAGCUGACAAUCCAUCACUGGAGGAGGGUUGGGCAAUGAAGAAAUCAAAGAAGUCAAUCAGAUUUUCCGAACGCGUUCCCUCUUAUUUGCAGGAAACAUUCUUUCAAGGGGAAGAAACCGGUGUUAAAGCAAAUCCCGCUGAUAUUGCAUGUAAAAUGAGGGUCAAAGAUCGUCAAAUGGAGAUAAAUUGUUUUCAAAGGAAGAUUAACUUUCAACACAUCAAGUUGCAAGAUAUUUCAGCAGGCUGUCAGCCCUUAACAAGAGUGGUGUCUUAA